AUGGAGGAAACAAAGGCCGAAUAUGUCCCGGAAGACGACGCCCAGCUGGCCCGUAUGGGUCAUAAGCCGGAAUUGCACCGGAACUUUUCAACCCUUUCUAUGCUUGGCUUAGCGUUUGCGGUGCUUAAUUCUUGGACGGCUUUGUCGGCCAGUCUGUCAAUCAGUCUGACAUCGGGGGGAAGCACCAGUGUUAUCUGGGGACUGGUAACAGCUGGCACUUGCAAUCUCUGCAUCGCAGCCUCCCUGGCCGAAUUUCUCUCGGCAUAUCCAACGGCGGGUGGACAGUAUCAUUGGGUUGCUGUGUCUUGGCCCCAAUGGGUUCCGAUCCUAUCUUGGAUUACAGGAUGGGUUAAUGUCGCGGGAUGGGUUGCUCUAGUGGCUACGAACGCCCUGCUCUCAAGCCAGCUAAUCUCGGGUAUUGUCUCCGCGGUUUAUCCUGGCUUUGUAUUGCAGCGAUGGCAGCAAUUCCUCAUUUACGUGGGGAUUACGCUGGGCGCAUUCGUGAUUAACGCGUUUAUGAACUCGGUGCUUCCACUGAUCUAUCGCGGCGCUUUUACGUGGUCGAUUGGCGGGUUCGUCCUGGUUUCUAUUACCGUGCUGGCGUGCGCUUCGCCAGACUAUAACUCAGCCUAUUUUGUGUUCUGCGACUUUGUGAAUCAAACUGGCUGGCCCGAUGGUGUGGCGUGGUUAUUGGGGCUCCUCCAAGGAGGCCUGGGAGUCACUGCAUUUGAUGCUGUGGUACAUAUGAUCGAGGAAAUCCCUCAGCCAUCCGUCAAAGGGCCCAAGGUCAUGUUGACCUGCGUUGGGAUUGGCACCUUCACCGGCUCCGUCUUUCUUAUCGUCCUGCUGUUUGUCGCCGGCGACAUCAACGACGUGGUGAGCUCAAGCGCAGGUCCCCUGCUGCAAAUCCUCCUCCAUGCGACCCAAAAUACCGCCGGUGCAAUCUGCCUGCUCAUGCUCCCACUUGUUUGCCUGGCCUUUGCAACGCUCAGCGUGAUGACAACGAGUAGCCGGAUGAUUUUCGCAUUCGCUCGGGAUGGUGGACUUCCCGCGUCACGAUUCUUCGCCCAUGUUCACCAAAGGCUGGGACUACCUUUGAACGCGCUGGCGUUGACAACGCUCGUCGUUAUCAUUUUCGGCCUGAUCUUCCUCGGUUCCUCAAGCGCCUUCAACGCUAUUGUCUCGUCGUCCGUCGUGGCAUUGGAUCUGUCCUAUGCCAUGCCGAUCGCUGUCAACUGCCUGCGCGGACGGAAGACAUUGCCCGAUCGGAAAUUCAAGAUUCCGAAUGGGGUUGGAUGGGCGAUUGAUAUUGUCUCUUUGACUUAUAUCGCUCUCACGACCGUCUUGUUUCUUUUCCCUCCUUCCCGUCCGGUGACGGGGAGUAGUAUGAAUUACUGUAUCGUUGCAUUUGCGAUCAUAGUUAUCGUGUCCGUUGUGCAGUGGAUCGUCGACGGACGCAAGAACUUUACUGGGCCCAGGGUUGAAACCUAG